GUUUAUUGUUCAUCGGUCGUUCGCGUGCAGGUUCGCGUGUGUGUUUGAAGAAGAAAGACAGGGUAUUGGUAUAUUGAGUGAAGAAAGAGGCCUUGUAAAUUAGAAAAAAAUCGUCGCCAAAUACGUGCACAAAGUAAUAAGACCGCAAUUUCGCCAUGGCUGCAACAGAGCAGAUAAGAAAUUUCAUCACUGCAGCAGACACAUAUAGGAAAACAGAGAGCAGCAAAAGUCUCACUCAACUGCAGAGACACAUCAAGAUCCUGUUUGUCGUGUCGGACCUGGGCGUCUUCUCGGCCGACGCUCAGCUGACAUGCGACUUCUACCUGUCGCUACAUCGGCUGCUCUCCAGCCUGGGCGUGACGUCACAGGUCACGUGGCUGCUGGUGCGACUGCUGGAGCACCUGUGCACCGAUACCGCCGCGCUGGCGCUCCUCAGAGACAGGUACUGUUUUCUGCCGCUGGUGGCCGGGAUGCUGGUCUCCCGUCCGGAGGGGGACCGGACCACGCUGUUGCUCUCCGUCACCGAGGCGCUGACGGCCGACAUCACACUGGACAGGUUCGAGCCGUUCGUGGGCCCUCUGCUGCGCACCCUCUCUGAGCUGGUGUGUGAGCGCGGCGAGUCGGCAGCGGCGGCACUGCGCGCGCUCUACCACCUGACUCGCUGCACGCCGGCCGCCUCAGACGCGCUGCUGGCCGCCGGACAGCGCAAGCGGCUGGCCAAGGCGCUGCUGAGCACCGAGUCGGGCCGGCUGGAGCAGCUGCAGGCGGCUGAGCUGCUGCUGGCCGUCACCCCGGCGCACCAGCCGCUGCCCGGACAGCAGCUGCGCGCCUUUCUCGACCUCGUGUGGGCGGCCCUGGCCGACGGACUGGCCGGAGGUGAUGUGAAGCUGAUGCGCCAGGCCGGCCGGCUGCUCGAGUCGCUGGUCUCUGAGCUGGCCGCUGAGACGUACGAGGACAGGCUGGCGCCGGCAGUCAAACAGCUCGUCGAGCAGGUGACUCCUGAGCGCCACCACCAGGCCGGUCUGAUCCUGCGGCCGCUGUCUGCGCUGGUGCGCCGCGGCGCCGGCGGCGCGGACGUCUGGCGGCCCGUCUGUGGCCUGGCGGCUCGCCUGAUGGACCAGCCAGAGGCGGUGGAGGCGGCCGCCGGUCUCCUGGAGGCCGCCCUGCACCGGCAGCUACUGCCGCCCGACGGCGGGGAGCUGGCCGCCGCGCUCGCCGGCCUGGAGCGGCUGCUGAGCGCCGAGCCGGCGCCGGCCGCCGAUCCGGACACCAACUGCCGCCGGGCGCGCGCCGUCACCGCGCUGCUGGCCGCGAUGGCGGCGCACACCGGCUGCCGCGCGCCGCUGGCCGAGCGCUGGCGGCCCGAGCUGCUGGUGCGCCUGCUGCGGCCGCUGCCGCCGGUACCGGACGGCCGGCCCCGCCACUACACGGCUGCUGAGGUGGUGGUCGGCGCGCUGGAGCUGGCGCGCGCCCUGGCCAACGAGAGCGCCGGCUGGCUGGAGGCGCAGCUGGAGCUGCUGCGUGACGCGCGCCUGCUGGCCUGGCUGGGCUGCGCGCUGUCGGCCGACGACCGGGACCUGGUGCAGAGGGCGCUGCGGCUCCUCUGUGCCGGCAGUCUGCAUGAGGACAGCGUGCAGCAGCUGACCGACUCGCUGUCGUGUCAGCGCGCCGGCGCGGCGGCGGCGGCGACGGCCGGGGACGUGGCGGUGGCGCCGCCCUACCGGCCGCCGAUCGAACUGAGCCAGACGACCGUGGAGCGGGUGGACGCGGUGCUGGCGCGGCUGCAGCAGGAGCGGGGAGACACGAAGGAGAGCGUCUCUCUGGUGGACACGAUGGAGCUGUAUGAAUUCAAGGUGGCCGCGCUCACCGAGACGGUGGCAGAGCUGGAGCAGGCGCUGCAAGCCGCCUCGACUCUCACCACCUCUCUGCGACUGCAGGGGGCCCAGUCCGCCGCUGAGAACGCGGCGGUGCGCCGGCUGCUGGUGGCCGCCGAGCGGCGCGUCGAGUCCCUCCACUCCGCCAGCCGGACGGCCGAGGCGCGGCUGGCCACCGCCGACGCCCAGCUGACCCGGGUGCGCCAGGAGCGCGACCAGUGCCAGCGCGAGACGCAGCAGCAGCACGCGGCCGCCCAGCGGCUGGAGCGCGAGCUGACGGCACGCUCCGAGAGUCUGCGCACCGCCCAGCAGGCGGUGACGGAGACGGAGGCGCGCCGCGCCGCGCUGGCCGAACAGGUGGCCGCGCUCACCGCAGAGAAACAGGAGCUGAGCGCGGCCCGUCAGCGUCAGGAGGCAGCGCUUCAGGAGCAAGAGAGUCGCCUGCAGGAGACGUCUCGCGCGCUGCACCAGCAGGAGCAGCAGGCGGCCGCGCUGCGCACGGAGGUCACCAACCUGGAGCUGCUCUGCAAGUCCCAGGAGCGCAGCCUGGCUGAGAAGGACGCCGAGUGUGCCGAACUGCUGGAGGACAACCGGGCGCUGCGGAAAAUCCAGGACAUGAUCCACAGCAUCAGCUCAAAGGCCGGAAAGGAGAAAAAGUGAGACGCGGACGGGAUGAGAGUGUCGUGGGUUGUGCCGGAGAGUAGGAGGGCAGCCGACGGUGGCGGCCGCUGCGAUAUGACGAAUGGGUAAUAAAAUGGCGACAGGCGGCGUCAUUGGGGUGACUCAAGAACGGCGACGAUCAGUGGCGCGACAGGCGAACGAUGAAGGGAUGCCGAGCAGUUCACCGCGACGAUUAGCGAACACGAGCGGGCGUUAUGUGAGGCCGAGGGCCUUUUAGAGUGGAUGGAGUGGCUGCUAGUUAGGCGUAAGUCGUGAACCAAUGCGGGGCCAACAUAUUCAUACUUUGGAUAAACGCGGGACCACCAUCAUACUAGCCCAUUGCGGGGCCAGCACAUUCAUUGCGCUAAACAUUCCAAAUAUCAUCGUCUUCUUCUGAAACUUUCGCUUUAUCUGAACGAUCUCUUGUGGAUUAAGGAUUUGAGGAUAUGCUGUUCAUUACGCGUAUCGCUGCAUGCCUUAUAUGUCUCGUGUUCUGUCGUUGACUCGUUGCAACCAGUUACUUCCGAAUUUCCUGUUAUAUUGACCACCAUUGGUCAUUCUCCUCAAGCGGCGCCUGGAAUAGCGUGAGAGGAGAGUAGCGACUAGAUUUUAAUGCGAGUGGGAGUCAUUGUUUGAGUGCAAAAUACCCUGUUGAUCUGAAUGGAUGUCAUUUGAAAUGAAUAUUACGUGUAAAUAUCAUCG